CUUUGGCCCCACGUGUCACAAUACUCUUCACUAUAAAUAGUCACCGCCUCAGGGUACCUAAAGGCACUGAAAGCUCUUCCAAUUUCUCUUACUCCAUUUUUUGAAUCGAAACUCAACUCACAAUACCUAAACAUGUUAGUUUAUCAAGAUCUUCUCACAGGUGAUGAGCUUCUUUCAGAUUCAUUCCCAUAUAAGGAAGUUGAGAAUGGGAUGCUUUGGGAAGUAGAAGGAAAAUGGGUUGUUCAAGGAGCAAUUAAUGUAGACAUUGGGGCUAACCCUUCUGCAGAAGGUGGCGGUGAAGAUGAAGGUGUCGAUGACCAAGCUGUCAAGGGUGUCGACAUUGUUGAUACUUUCAGGCUGCAGGAGCAACCUGCUUAUGACAAGAAACAAUUUGUUACCUUCAUGAAGAGGUACAUUAAAUUGUUGACUCCAAAAUUGGAGCCAGAGAGGCAAGAGUUGUUUAAGAAGCAUAUCGAAUCUGCAACCAAGUUCCUGCUGUCUAAACUUAGUGACCUUCAAUUUUUCGUGGGUGAGAGCAUGCAUGAUGAUGGCAGUGUGGUAUUUGCAUACUACAAAGAAGGCGCAACUGAUCCAACUUUUCUGUACUUGGCAUAUGGGUUGAAGGAAAUCAAGUGUUGAUCAAGUCUUUACACAGCGGUAAUUGAUGUUCAAGUUGUGUACGUUAGGGUUUUAAGUUAUAUAAACUAUUCUGUGACUUUAUUACAUUAAGGAACACUGCUAUUUUUGUUCUGGUCAAGUGGUGAUAAAUUAUCGAAGUAAUGGAGGUGAGUAAAGUUACUAAAGUA